AUGAUAGAGAAAGGGUGUGAGGACAUCAAAGUCAAAGCGGAGAUGACAGGUGCCCGGGAUAAGGCACCGACUGUCCACGUAGCAGCGCAAUCUCGAGUGUCUUAUUUUGGUCACAUCCUUUCUGGCACUCAAGUGAGAGGAGAAUACCAAAUUUUUAAUCUCCGGUCUAUCCAGUACCACCGACUUGGACACACUUUUCUGGUCAGCAGCACGUACCAAAAAUCAAUUAACGUAGCGCCCGGACUGUAUGUAAUGUACGUGGUACGCCGUUGGAACAUGCGAGUAAAAAGGGGGCGAUUGUGA